CCUUUAUAAUUUUUUUUUCUUAAAAAAAAAUGGAAAGCUUAUUCACAUGGAUUGAAAAGGUGUCAAAGAGUAGGAUAAAGGAGAACAAGACGGCAUUGGCUUGUACAACAGUAUUGAUAUACAUGGGCAUCGUGCGGUAUUUACGUUAUAAAAACCUAAGGACGAUACAAGCGAAAUACCCAGACCCGCAACAAGUCUUAGACGAUCCUGACGCAGCCCAGGAGAUCUAUUCCAAGUUUUUCAGCAGAGAGUUUCCAUUCCUGGCUCGACAGGGAACAGAAUUCGCAUUAUUUAAAACCUAUUCCAUCCCGAGUAUUUCCCGUAUUUUGGCAAGCACAGGUGAAUUGGUUAAGCGAUGUCCACGACGUGUAGAAGACACUGAAUUAAUUUUGGGAGAGAUGCUACAAGCGUAUGGACGCAUUGAGAACCAACGUGCACGAAAUCCAGAUACACCCCAGAGCGAGAUGGAUGCUCAAUGGAGUCGAUCACAAGAAGCCACUGCUCGUUUAAAUGAGAUUCAUGGUCGAUACCCUACUAUUCGAAAUGAAGAUUAUCUUUAUACCGCUGCUCUGUUUGUGACAGAACCUCAGUCAUGGAUAAAUCGGUUUGAAUGGCGCAAAUUGGAUGUGCGCGAGAGUAAUGCUAUUUUCCGUAUAUGGUAUGAUGUCAGUGUAUCCAUGAAUCUAAAGAAUAUUCCUGAUAGUCCACAAAAGCUAGAAGAUUUCAAAAAUGCAUAUGCGAAAGAGAAUGUAAAAUACAGUGCUAGUAAUUGGAAAUGCGCUGAACCUACACUUCGGCUCUUAUUAUCGAAUUUGCCUCGAUUUUUACAGGCGAUAGGGUACGAAUUAGGUCUCAGAGUGUUACCAUCCAUGUUGGAUCCCCAGGAUGCAAAGGCGUUUCAACUACCACAUGCCGAGGUUCGAUGGAUCACGUGGUGCAUCCACUCAUUACUGUCCAUGCGGGCUUUCUUCAUUCGUCACUUUUUAUUACCACGAUCUCUUUAUGUGGUUCGAACACCUUUUCAAGCUAAUACGGGUGGACGUCUUGUACCUACAUUCUUUAUUUACAAACCACACAUUUAUCAAGAUGGAUAUAGGAUUGCUGAUUUAGGGCCUGAGAAAAAGGGGGAGGGGGGGAAAUACAGAUAAAUAUUUAUUAAUAAUAAAAAAAAAGAAAGAUAU